UCCUGAUUUCAAGGACUAUCCCUGGUCAGAGAAGAACGAGGCAGUGGCUGAGGAAGUGAAGGAGAUACGGGAUAUGGUGAAGGGAUUGACGAGGCAGGUUACUGAAAUUGUAUCCACUACAGGGGUCACGGCAUACCGGGACAAACCUGGAGGGUCCUAUUCGCUUCGCUGGGACCGUAGGAACAACGAUCCCUGGAGGAACGUCGAGGAUAGAAAUCCUCGGACGCUGACUGAUUAUCGGAUGCGAGAGAGUGAGAGAGAUGAGGAACAGUGGCGACGUAGGGACGACGAGAUAGACCGAGACCGCAGAGAUCACGAUGCGUUCGUCCGACGAGAUGGAUAUAGGGGAGGUAGAUACGCGAGAUCGGGCCAAGAUGGGUAUAGGGAUGACAGAUACGAGAGGUUUAGCCGAGAUGUCUACCGAGGUGGUAGGUAUGAGAGAGGAGACCGAGACUGGGAACGACGAGAUGGGUCGCGCGGACGGUUUGAUCGCGGGGAAGACGUGAGAGGACAGUGCGACGAGUCGCGAGGAUGGUACAACCGAGGAGACCGACGCGAUGUGUCACGAGGACAUUAUGUCUCGAGGGACCGCAGGAAUGACUCGCGAGAGCAGUAUGAGCAAGGAGGGUCUGGAGGAGACAGGCGCAACGAUUCACGCAGUCGGAAUGAGAGGGGGGGAUAUGGUGUCUCAUCAGAGCUAUAUCCAAAGUCGCCUGACCCCAACGCGGCCAGGAAAUCGAUCCCUAGAAGUGCGGACGACAGGGCAUCUACUCCGAGAAACUCAUGCGUCUACUGUAGAGGAGAAAAUCAUAUCAAAAGGGAUUGUCCAGACCUUAAACGGGCAAUAGAAGAGGGACUUGUUGUGCUUGACGACCGCAAGUACGUCAAGUGGGCAGAUAAUCUCGGAGAUGUAUCGAUGUUCUCUUCGAUGAAGGAGAAUGUCGAAGCAAGGAGAAUAAAGACGAGUAAAGGAAUGGAGUCGGUCAGAAGCCAGAGCAUCAAGAUAACUUUUGAAGGGGACAUGGCGACCACACCCAUAAGAGUGGCGGCCACGAAGUCGGCAAGAGGGUCUACGUCGAAGAAGACUGACACGGAUUACGUGAUGACGGAGAAGGACGGGCAGCGGAUCGAUGGAGAGGAGGUUAUCCUUUCGCCUCGAAAGCGGGGAGUGAAGAAGUUCUUAAUGAAGAGUUCGCUGGACGAGAUUGACACGGUCGAGCCGCUGAGGAGGGCUCUUCGACAGCCCAUGCAAUGCUCUAUUCUGGAGUACCUGGCGGCAUCGAAGCCGGCUCGCGAUGAGUUACAGAUGAUCACGCGCAAGACCCGUAUACCUCUAUCAGAGGAGGGGCAAGGGGCCCCUAAGGUGGAAGCUUCUACAGUAGCAGUGACGGGGGUGACUGCCAGAGCGGAUCGCAUGGCGACAGUCCUUCUCGAUGGAAUGGAAGGCGUGCCUCCAGACAAAUUUUAUAUACUUGGUAUUGGAACUGCCGAAAGGCAAGUCGAUUCAACACGCCCUCGUCGGCGGCAGACUCGUCGAUCUUCAUAUUGGGAUUCGAUGGCUGUCGACGAUGAAGAAGAGAACACGAAGGAGAAUGCGGCACCGAUGGAUACAUCCCCCAUUGUCGGGGAGAGGAGCGAAUUUCAACGUCAUCCAACUUCACAUCUCGGCGAUGAGUUAGGCUGGGGACCGGCGAAGCUAAAAACUGGGACACUAACAACUCCUGCUGCGAGUCCCGCCGGACAGCAGCAGUACUCGCUUGCGUCUUGUUCACCUCUGAGCCAGGCACAAGAGAACGUUUCUCGUCAUCUUAAUGGCAGGCCAUCGAGGAAGGGGGGAUUCGUUGGUGGUGGUUGUGGUGGUGGGGGUCUGGGAGGUCAUUCUAAUACCUCCUACAUGACUGCUGGAGGCAAACACAGUGUUGCAGCAAAUAGACCUACCACGCUGUUGGGGCAGGCGCAAUCGCCGAUAUCAUCGGCGACAUGUAUGGACAUAUCUCCACUUGAGAAAACAGCGGGUAAUGGAGGAAGAGGAGAAAGGGGGCGGGCUGGAGACGGGGGUGGCAUUUCCUGGGCCCAGUUCGUGGAGCAAAGGAAAAUCGCCACUCCUAUUGCUGGUCCUGCUGCCCAACGGACAAUAACUGUCUCGACACCAUCGCAGCGAGAACGAGUGCGCGCUGGGGCCAGCUCCAUGUCCACAUGGACGGAGCAGGACCAUGGCGAGGAGUGGCAGGAAGAGGUGCUUGGGCCCGCUCGAGGGGGCACCAGAUCCCGUCGCCGCUCAACCUUCAUCGAUUUCGAUCUGCCGCACUUGUCUAAGACUGGUCAUUCCUCGCUGUCACCGGCGGCGGGUGGGCCAGGACCCCGUCCGUGUGUCUCGGGAGGAUCAACCUACAAUCACGGGGAAAAGCGUGGGGAGAAGCUGCCACGUGUCCUUGCAUCCCGACCUUUGUUUUUAGCACCAGAUCCCGAUGUCAGGCUUUUUUCUCCUCACAUUGUCAGCGACGUCUUUCGCGGCGGUGCUUGCAGUCAUCAGCCGGAUGCCAUUUGGGAGCAGCAGAAGGAUUCGACGUCGUCGGAGCAUGCCACUGCUUGCUGCCGAGAACAAGUAGAAGCCGAGAGGUUGUUGUCGUCAACAGCAUUGCGGGCCUCCCGACGCUUUUCCCCCUCCUGUAAGAAAAGAGGGAGUGGUUCGUUACACACUUCUUCCUCCGCUGAGCUGCCCACUCGUUGUCGUUCAGUCACAACUGGGGGGGGGGUUGUCAACAAUCUCUUGCCGGCUAAUAAGCCACCCCUUGUAUUAGGAUUGUGUUGCCUGUUCGUGAUAACCUCAGUGAUUGCGUUCUUAUCUAUGGGGUCGUUUGUCGAUGAUGUUGUAGCGCGGGGGAUGAGAAAUCGGUAUGGCUUCUUCUCAUCCUGGAGCAAUGCGAUGGGGGGAGGGGAGGGAUUCGGAUUCUCGUCAUCGGCGGGAACGGGCGAGGGGGUUGGUGAGUGGGUGCUCUCGUCCAGACCGGUGGAGUGGUGGGAGACGGGGGAUGUAUUGACUGUACAGCGCUUCUGUUGGGACAUGCGAUCCCGGUCACCGAAGACUGCCUCAUCGUCGUUAUCUUACGCUCCGUCGCGGUCUUCUCAAUCCUUUUCUGACCACGUGGAUCCUGUCGUCGAUCGCGGUGCUGGGCACGUGCUGCGCUUUCCCGCCGGUGAAGAGGGGUGGUACGCGGCCUCCGGGCUUGGCGCGCAGCUCCGCAGAUGGCUGGGAAUCAGUGACCUCACCGACGCUGAUGUGUUCGACGAACAAAGCUUGUUCUUGCAACCCGGGCAAGUUGUCUUCAAUGCGCUGCAAGAGCCUGGCCCUGCUGCCGAUCCGUUGGAAUCUUCUUCUUCUUUURCAGAUAGCUCUGCAMAUCUGGAKACUGAYGAUCGUCUCGAUCASGGAUMUGGAYCUGACGGCGGCGRUCGAGACGGAUCGGAAGAGAUCAAGGUCGCGGCGACUCAUUCACCGGUAACCCCGGGGAUGAGAGGGGUCUUGGCUGAUGAGCAAGGGAAAGAAAGAUGUGACGUCGAAGCAGCAGGAGGGAGGGAUGAGGUGGUAGUGGGAACCGGCCAGUACCUCGAUAAGAGUAUUCUAGAUCGGCAUGCAGCGUCCACGAGCACCGUUGGCGGCCGAAGUAGUGGUGGUAGGAGUAGGCCCUCAACUUCUCACUCGUCUGAGCUUGAAGCUGUCCUUCGAGAGAUAGCUGAGAUAGAAAUUCUAGGAAACGAGAUCACGGACUUGUUGGACGAAGAAGUUGCUGAGGAGCAACCAACAGAGAUCGAUGAUGAAAUCGGUCACAAGUUUGGGGAUGCGAAAGGUGCUGCUCCUCCUGUUUCCAAAAGUAGCCUUGAGGAGGAGGAGGGUGUUUUAAAGGCUAUGUAUUCUGCCUCUUCGUCGUCUGCGAUAGCAGAGGAGAUUAUCACAUUUGGCGAUAGUUGUAGGAAAUCUCAGAUGCGCAGUCCCUCUCGGGAGAUGGAGAGGGAGAGGGAAAAGAUUGUCGCUGGUGAGUCCUUGGAGGCUGUUCAGCAUCUAAGGGGCGGAGGGAUCGAGGCCACCAGGCUGUCUUUUUUGACCCCUGAACACGUUGACGGUGAGGGAGACGAGGGUGGUGCAAGGGAGGAAGCGGGGAAUGACGAGUCGCUGCUUACUGAACCCGUUAUCGAGAAAAUCGACGUCGUGGAAGGCAUGUCAGUUACUCGUGACUCGAUCACAGAUCAGAAAGAAGGUGGGCUUCUAUCCAUUCUGCUCGGAGUAGCCUUUGCUCGCGCCUACGACCGAGACAGCGCUGUCGAUCUUGUCCGAGCAUCAGUGGCAACGACAUGUCGGUUUCUCUUUCGUGGAUUUCGUAGCAGCCUGGACGCAUUGACGUCAACGGGCGUGUGGGUCGCGACGGGAAGGCAGGACGACGUGCUCGCGGCUGGUGUGGCCACCUCGAAGACGGAACAAGCCGUCAGUUCCUCUCCUCCCGUUUCUGGAGCUGAUUCCCAUCUGUCGGCGGCGACGGCCAUGGAAGCUGUCGAUGCAAGCGAAGUGGUGGAGGAGGAGAGCAUGCCGGUGUUCGGAGACGACUCCAGUGCCGCUCCCAGUGGCAAGUCUUUCCCUGGUGACAGUGAGUCGGUCACAGGCGAUGAAUAUCAUGUGGUUGGACUGGGUGGAAGUGAUGGUGGUGCCAUGAAGUUCCUCAUGUCUCCUUCCUCGUUGAUUAUCGAGUUUGGCUCGUUGGAGCGGGAGGGGACAUGGAGAAUGGUGUUCCUCCCCCUUGUCGCUUCUUGGUUCUUGAUGACGGUCGUGUUUUUAAGAAUCCGCCGUAGGUCUUACGUUUCUCGCUCCCUCGCUAGAGGGGGCAAACCGAUGGUGGGCCUGAAGAAAGAGGGACGCGAGCAAUCGAAUGACGGCGGGAAAAGAGACAUAAGGAUGACUACCAUUUGCAAGGACAAGCGAUGCGAACAGGAGGAGCACGGCCUAAAUCCAUGGGUGAGGAAGACGGAGAGGGCGGGAACGACCGAUGAUGACGUCAACGAAAUCUUGGAUGAUGGUAAAGCUGCUGACGAGGGUACGACAGGCGACGAACACUUGGAUGAUGACGUCAACGUAAUAAACGCGUGUCUUGCUCGGAGUAUGUCUUCGUUACACAUCACGCCGCGUGUCGUAGAAAGGGAACCGCUGCGGGAGGAGGGUGAUGAGAUGGGUUCCGUGGAAAAGGACGGUCAAGGUUCGACGGCGAACGGCAGAGACUGGUCACUUGUGGAACGAUCGGUGCCCGGCCGACUCCUCUCCUCCACCUGCUUUCCACCCAGAGAUCCCCAGGACGAGUGCCAAUUUACAGCAGCGACGACGGCAAGGAUCGGUAACACAGACACUGGGCGGUUCAACCCAGAGAUCCCCAGUGGUCCUCUGGUGUUUGGUAGUGGCUGCAACAAUGAGAAUAACUGGCAAUUACCAGGCACGGGUGGGCCGUUUGCCAAGCAUUUUGCACAAAUGGUGAUGGGGAGGGACUGCGAAGGGGCAGCACAAGGUCAGGCAGUAGUUUCGACGACCACGAGGAAGGAGGGCAACACCACAAUAACCAUGACGGAGAUGCGAAUGGCGGCCAGUGCGGGAGGUGGUGCUGAUGUGGGCCGUCGUCAUCUGGUGUCCAGCCCCUGUGCUUGUCCGGUCAGUCGUCGUUACAUAUCGUACACUGAGGUUGUCGUCGGAGAGGGACAUGAUUGCGCGACUCUGCAUCCCAAGGCAUCUGAGCUCACCCCAGCAAAGGGUUCGCUGGUAUAGAGAGAGAGGGGGGGAGGGAUGGAGAAGGGAGGCAGGAGAGGAGAGGGAAGGAGAAGGGAGAAGGGAGGAAGGUUGCUGCAAAACAAAGAACAGAGCACUGU